AUGGUGCUGCUGGCCGGGCCCGGGCCGGAGGGCGGCGGGGCGCGCUGCGUGUCCCCGCGGCCGCCAUCCCCGCCCCGGGACGCGCAGGCCCGGGAGGACCCCGAGGACGACGAGGAGUACGAGGACUUCUCGCGCCUGCCCGACACCCCGAGCGUCGCCUCGGACGACUCCUUCUACCCGCCCGGAGGCGAGGCGCGCGGCGCGGCGAGCGUGGAGAGCGCCCCGGAGGGCGCCCCGGAGGCGGCGACCCUGCUGCGCGCCGCCAGCGCCAACGACGUGGGGCUGCUGCGGACGCUGGUGCGGCGGGGCCCGCGCGCCGAGGAGGUGCGGGAGACCGACCGCAACGGCCGGACUGGCCUGAUCGUUGCCUGCUACCACGGCUUUAUGGACACCGUGGUGGUCUUAGCAGAGUGCCCCCAUGUUGACAUCAACUGGCAGGACAGCGAGGGGAACACGGCCCUCAUCACAGCCGCUCAGGCAGGUCACGCGGCCAUCACCAGCUACCUGCUCAACUACUUCCCGGGCCUGGACCUGGAGCGCAGGAACGCCUUCGGCUUCACGGCGCUGAUGAAGGCCGCCAUGCAGGGCCGCACCGACUGCGUGCGCGCCCUGAUGCUCGCAGGGGCAGAUGUACACGCCAGGGACCCGCACCGGGGGAUGUCGCCCCAGGAGUGGGCCGCUUACACAGGACGUUCGGAGGCGGUCCGUCUCAUCCAGAAGCUGCUGGAACGACCCUGCCCAGAGCAGUUUGGGGAAAAGUACAAGCCAGAGCUGCCACUGCCCCUGGAGGCGUCGCUGAAGUCUCCAGGCUCCAAAAACUGCUUGCAAAGGCUCAGGGAGUUCAUCCGGUCUGCUCUGACCUCCCGCUCCCGCCAGGGCCUGGUGGAUGGGGGCGUCCUGGACCACAUGGUCAGGAUGACCACGAGCCUGCACAGCCCGGCGGUGGCCGUCGUCUGCCAGACCGUGUGCCCUGAGAGUCCCCCCUGUGUGGGGAAGAGGCGGCUGGCGGUGCAGGAGAUCCUGGAGGCUCGGGCGCACCCCGGCACUCAGGCUCAGGAGAGGGACCAGGUGGAGGCCGUGGAGCAGCAAUUCCGGACCUCGCAGGCAGGGGCGUCCUCCAGAGAGGGGACCCCGAAAACCAGCCUUGCGUCUCCCCAGCUGCCUAGCACCCCGAGGAAGGCCAGCCUCCUGGCCCUGCAGCUGCUGCGGCGCAGCAGCGUGCGCCCCGGUGUGGUGAUCCCCCGGGUGCGCGUGAGCAAGGCUCCCGCGCCCACCUUCCAGCCCGAGCGGGUGGCCGCGAAGGGCAGCACCAAGGACAGUGCCCACCUGCAGCUCCCCAAGUGGCGGUACAAGGAGGCCAAGGAGGAGAAGCGCAGGGCGGAGGAGGCGGAGAAGCAGCGCCUGGCGGAGGCGCAGAAGGAAAGGCGGGCGCCGCCCUGGAGAAGGAGGACGUGAGGGGUCGGCUGUCCCCCCAGGAGAGGGGCUGGGGUGGGGGCAGAGCGCCAUCAGCCCCCUGCACCCCACCCCUCGCAGCCCGCCCUGCACAGUCCCCCACGGAAAGCGCCCUGGGGCCCCCGGCUGCACCCCAGAGAGGAGCUGGCGCAGUGGGCUUGCCAGAAAGCAGUUCCCCUGGAGAUCAGCAUACGCGGGCACUGCGCCUGAAGGUCUACCUUGAAAAAACCUCUCCAGAAAAUUUUAAGGCCAAUUUAUCAGGGGCAUUUUCUGUGUAAUUUUGUAUUUUUAACCAUGAUCAGAUUUGGAGCAUUUUAUCGUGAUGGGGUUUUUGUAUUUAAGGCAGUUUGAUACAUGGGUCCGAAGACCCUUUGUUGAGAAAACUGUCCAGCAAUAACUGUGCUCUCCGUGGCAAAUAUUGUAGAAUCUUCUCCCCCAGCCCAAACCCUCCCCCUUUUUGCUGUGGAUUGUGGGUGUUGCCUUCUGCCGUGGUCCAGGGUAUGUUCUUAUGCGCUUGAUUGUUGAUGCCCGGUAAUUGUUUCUGCUUGAUGGAGGCACUGACUUACAGCAGAAUGGUGGCGUGGGGCAGACGGGUGAGAUUUUCCCCCGGUCUUAUUUUAAAGCUCUUCCCCACAGCGUCCUCAUCAUGAAGAAAACCUGUUGUGAGACUGUGACGCUGCAGAGGGAGGCCGGUGUUUGUUGCUGCACUGAACUCAUUUUCAGCAGGGAGUUUUAGACACACUGGACAACAGAGUCUCUAGUGUAUUCAAGCCAUGUGAGAAAAAGCUGUCAUUGAGUAAAAUGGGGGCAACUCUAAUAAAUUAUUACUGGAAAUACAAAAUUAAGUCAUGUGCUCUUAGAUAAAUUGAACCCAGUGAUCCUUAAAACGUCAAACAGAUACAAAACAAGUCAGGAACUCAGAAAUGCAAAACUACCAAAAUGGGGCGGUGAUUUCCAGAAGAGCAGGGAGGGACUGGCAUUGGACAGUCAGCAAACUGGCUCUAGGCACAUGCCCUGGGAGCGGGCUGGGGCACCCGCUUCUCUGGACUCGGUUCCGAAGAUGCCCUGAUACGUAAUUUCUUCCACUCUUUGAUGCCUGCCCCUGAGGUUCCGUUCACCGUGAUGCCAACUUUGUAGGGUUUCCAAGAUGUGGGGGUCCUGGCAGAGCACAUAGGUGGUUUGCCUUGGCCCCAAGCUCUCUGCGGGAAUUUUCUGCCCAUUCUUUUAUCUAAAGUUCUGAAAUCUAAUGAGCCUCUGGCCUGGCCAUCUGCAUCGCAGACUCUCUCCCAUAGUCACUGCCGACAGCACUUUAUUCCAGCUCUCCUGCUUGGAAGCCGUAGACUUACAACAUUCUGGGCUGAUUUGAACACUCUUAAAUGUGACCCCGGAUUCGCGGGUAAAGUGUGCCCCUGGCUGUGCUGUGGUGUGGGCAGGUGGCGCUGGGCCCUCUGACUCGCUCCCCACUGCGGGCACCACCAGGGAUCUCACCUUUGCUUUUCAAAACAGGUGGAGCAGGCCCUCAGCUGCGCACAGGCCUGGGUGUGUGUGUGUGUGUGUGUGUGUGUGUGUGUGUGUUGCAGGUGCAGCCUUUAAAGUCAGAGUCAGUGACUUUAGAGGCACCCUGGAAAGGCGGGAGGUGGCCUGGGUGUGGACCCACAGCCGUGGAGUUCGUUGGCCAUGGGGCACCUUGUGGAGAGGAGCUGGGGUGGCCCACAUCACCGUGGGUGGGAGGAGGGGUUGGUGAACCUUCUUGAGAGGCCGUCGCUCGUGCGUCCCUGGCUGUGAGGCAUCUUCCUCCCACGUGUGCUAAUUUGAGGCCUCCCCAGGCUGGUAAUUUCCGACAGCUGUGGCCCAGCCCGCGGUGCCGAAUGGUCUCCAGCCUGUGAUUCUCAAUGCUGGCUGCCCCCUGAGGAUCACCUGGCAGCUUUUAGAUGAUUCUGGCCCCUGCUCCUGCUAAAGAGGUUCUUACCUCACUGGUCUGGGGAGCACUGCCCCCAGAAUUCUCCUCAAGGUCCCCAGGCACACGUGUGUGCGCCCGCCAGACAGUAGGGGGCCGCUAGGGGCGCCUCCGGGACGCCCAUCCUGAGCGCCCCCGGGGCUCCACCUGCCCAGGAACGCCCACUCGUCUCUGACAGCCCUGCUGAGCCACCUCUGCUUGGACUGGCUUUUCCGACCCUCCGCGGCUGCUAAAUCUUCCUGUGUGUCACCACGGCCGGAGGCCUGCACCACAAGAGGUAGGGACCCCCCGCCCACCCCAAGCCUGC